AUGCAGUUGACGGGAGCACAGAUGCGGUCGAGCGAGCACACGGCGAGUGGCAGAGUCGACGACAGGAUACACCGGCGAGAGCAGCAGACACAGCCGCUGGGCGACGACAGCGGGCAGAUGCACCGACCGGCGACAAAGCGCCAACGACGACAGGCCCGCCCCGCCAAUGGACAGCGCGCCAGCGAUGCGGCCUUGCCAAACCCAAAUCAAGUGCAGAAGGGUGUAACCAUCUUGGCGGGUGCAGGGUCGCACCAGGCGGGUCGGCUGGCCGGCCGAGCGCCGGGCGGACCACUCGGCGACAGGCACCCUUUGGCUGUGCGCGGCUGCGUGGCAAGGGGCGGCAGGCCUGUGUGCAAGUGGGUUGGGCCGGUGCAGGCAACGUGGUUGCGGGCCGGGGCUUGUGUCCGCUGGCGCGCCGUUGCCGAUACGGAUUCGCGGGUCCGCCAGCCACAUCUGCGACAGGAAGACGACGCGGCGCCAGCUAUGUGCGUGCCGGGAGGGGAUGGCCGUCUGGUGGUGGUGAUGCUGGGGGCAGAGAGCACGGCGAUGGACAUGGAGCUGGGGCGACCGAGUCGACGGCGAACGAGCGGUGCGAGGCCGAGGCGGAUCUGGGAGGAGGAGGGUGGGGGCGUGGAAGCGACGACACCACCGACCGCCGACACCACCGACACCACCGACAAACCGGCUGCGUGCAUGGUUGCAAUGGCCAUGCGAGACACGCAGCAAAGGACAGCCCGGGAUGCAUGCUGUUUGGCAAGCACCAUAUCGCCGCACGAUGGGCGAUGCGGGAUGCGCAGUUGCUGCCGCCGCAUCGGGACUGCACAGCCACCUUGGUGGGCAACGGUGCCUGGUCAGGCGGACAGAGACAAGCGCAGCAACAGCGCGGCCGGCGUGCACAUGCCGACACACAUGCCGACACACUGA